CCUCCCUCCCUCCACUCUCACUGGCUCUCCACAGCCCAGGGCUCUAACUGCAGCAAGCGAGACAACCUCUUACCCUGCCAUCUCCAGCGCCCACCCUGACCCUGGCCCGCACUUGAUGGUGACCCGAAGGCCAGCCAGAAACAUGAGGCUGGCCCUCGCUCUCCUGCCCCUGCUGCUACAGGCCUGCUGGGUGGCCACACAAGACAUCCAGGGCUCCAAGCCUAUUGCCUUCCAAGACUGCCCUGUGGAUCUAUUCUUCGUGCUGGACACCUCGGAAAGUGUGGCCUUGAGGCUGAAACCCUAUGGGGCCCUGGUGGACAAGGUGAAGUCCUUCACCAAGCGCUUUAUCGACAACCUGAGAGACAGGUACUACCGUUGUGACCGCAACUUGGUUUGGAAUGCGGGUGCAUUGCACUACAGUGACGAAGUGGAGAUCAUCCGAGGGCUCACACGCAUGCCCAGUGGCCGCGAUGAGCUCAAGGCUAGCGUGGAUGCGGUCAAGUACUUCGGCAAAGGCACCUACACCGACUGUGCCAUUAAGAAGGGGCUAGAGGAGCUGCUCAUAGGGGGCUCCCACCUGAAGGAGAACAAGUACCUGAUCGUGGUGACCGAUGGGCACCCUCUAGAGGGCUACAAGGAACCGUGUGGGGGCCUAGAAGACGCAGUGAAUGAGGCCAAGCACCUGGGCAUCAAAGUCUUCUCUGUGGCCAUCACACCUGAUCAUCUAGAGCCACGUCUAAGCAUCAUCGCCACAGACCACACAUACCGGCGCAAUUUCACAGCAGCUGACUGGGGGCAUAGCCGAGAUGCCGAAGAGACCAUCAGCCAGACUAUAGACACCAUUGUGGACAUGAUUAAAAACAACGUGGAGCAAGUGUGCUGUACCUUUGAGUGUCAGGCUGCCAGAGGACCUCCUGGGCCCCGAGGUGACCCUGGGUAUGAGGGGGAACGAGGAAAGCCAGGUCUUCCAGGAGAGAAGGGAGAAGCUGGGGACCCUGGAAGACCCGGGGAUCUUGGACCAGUCGGGUACCAGGGUAUGAAGGGAGAAAAAGGCAGUCGUGGAGAGAAGGGCUCCAGAGGACCUAAAGGCUACAAGGGUGAGAAAGGCAAGCGCGGCAUUGACGGGGUAGACGGCAUGAAGGGGGAGACGGGGUUCCCAGGACUACCAGGCUGCAAGGGAUCGCCAGGAUUCGAUGGCAUUCAAGGACCCCCAGGUCCCAAGGGUGAUGCUGGUGCCUUUGGACCAAAAGGAGAAAAGGGUGAAGCUGGAGCAGACGGUGAGGCCGGGAGACCAGGGAGCUCAGGGCCACCUGGAGAUGAGGGUGAUCCAGGAGAGCCUGGUCCCCCCGGAGAGAAAGGAGAGGCUGGUGAUGAGGGGAAUGCUGGCCCAGAUGGUCCCCCAGGAGAGAGGGGCGGCCCUGGUGAAAGAGGACCUCGGGGGACCCCUGGUGUGAGGGGCCCAAGGGGAGACCCGGGUGAAUCUGGACCACAAGGUGACCAAGGAAGAGAAGGCCCCAUCGGCAUCCCUGGAGAUCCGGGUGAGGCUGGCCCCAUUGGACCUAAAGGAUACAGAGGUGACGAGGGUCCUCCAGGCCCUGAGGGUCUCAGAGGAGCUCCAGGACCCGCUGGACCCCCUGGAGACCCGGGACUGAUGGGUGAAAGGGGUGAAGAUGGCCCACCAGGAAAUGGCACAGAAGGUUUCCCCGGCUUCCCUGGUUAUCCAGGCAACAGAGGCCCCCCUGGGAUAAAUGGCACAAAAGGCUACCCUGGCCUCAAAGGAGAUGAGGGUGAAGUUGGAGACCCGGGAGAGGAUAACAACGACAUUUCACCCCGUGGGGCCAAAGGGGCCAAGGGGUACCGAGGCCCAGAAGGACCUCAGGGACCUCCAGGACAUGUGGGGCCACCUGGGCCAGAUGAGUGCGAGAUUUUGGAUAUCAUCAUGAAAAUGUGCUCCUGCUGCGAGUGCACAUGCGGCCCCAUUGACAUCCUCUUCGUGCUGGACAGCUCUGAGAGCAUUGGCCUUCAGAACUUCGAGAUUGCCAAGGACUUCAUCAUCAAGGUCAUUGACCGGCUGAGCAAGGAUGAGCUGGUCAAGUUUGAGCCAGGGCAGUCGCAUGCAGGCGUGGUACAGUACAGCCACAACCAGAUGCAAGAGCACGUGGACAUGCGGAGUCCCAACAUCCGAAAUGCCCAGGACUUCAAAGAAGCCGUCAAGAAGCUGCAGUGGAUGGCCGGAGGCACGUUUACAGGAGAGGCGCUGCAGUACACCCGGGACCGGCUGCUUCCACCCACCCAGAACAACCGAAUCGCUCUGGUCAUCACAGAUGGACGCUCUGACACUCAGCGGGACACCACACCCCUCAGUGUGCUUUGUGGCCCAGACAUUCAGGUAGUUUCUGUAGGCAUCAAGGAUGUGUUUGGCUUUGUGGCGGGCUCCGACCAACUCAACGUCAUUUCCUGCCAAGGCCUGUUGUCGCAAGGCCGGCCAGGUAUCUCCCUGGUGAAGGAGAACUAUGCAGAGCUUCUAGACGAUGGCUUUCUGAAGAACAUCACGGCCCAGAUCUGCAUAGAUAAGAAGUGUCCGGAUUAUACCUGCCCAAUCACAUUCUCCUCCCCGGCUGACAUCACCAUCCUGCUCGAUGGCUCAGCCAGUGUUGGUAGCCACAACUUCGAAACCACCAAGGUCUUUGCCAAGCGCCUAGCUGAGCGCUUCCUGUCAGCAGGCAGGACGGAUCCCUCCCAGGAGGUGCGGGUAGCCGUGGUACAGUAUAGUGGCCUCGGCCAGCAACAGCCAGGGCGGGCAGCUCUGCAGUUCAUGCAGAACUACACAGUGCUGGCCAGCUCUGUGGACAGCAUGGAUUUCAUCAACGAUGCUACGGAUGUCAAUGAUGCCCUGAGCUAUGUAACUCGCUUCUACCGGGAAACCUCACCAGGUGCCGCCAAGAAGAGAGUCCUAUUGUUUUCAGAUGGCAACUCACAGGGGGCCACAGCGGAGGCCAUUGAGAAGGCUGUGCAGGAGGCCCAGCGUGCAGGCAUUGAGAUCUUUGUGGUGGUAGUGGGACCCCAGGUGAAUGAGCCCCACAUCCGUGUGCUCGUCACUGGCAAGACCGCGGAGUAUGAUGUGGCCUUUGGUGAGCGCCACCUAUUCCGAGUUCCAAACUACCAGGCCCUGCUUCGUGGUGUGUUUUACCAGACAGUCUCCAGGAAGGUGGCACUGGGCUAGAGGACCACACACAUGGCUGUGCGCAUGGGGACACACUUUGACAGGCCUUCCUGCCCUUCCCACCACUGACCAUACAGGAACAGGAAAUGUGACCCAAAUGUUCCUGAACAUUGUCCCACUGUCUUAGAGGGAAUGCGGAGAUGCACACUGUUGGCUUUGUGUUAUGUCCUCUGUGGCUCACCCGAGUUCCUGUCUAUAUCCCUCUCUUGAUUUGUCCAGCAUGGCGGCCAUCUUGCUGACCUCUCUCUGCAUCUCGGCUGCAUCCAGCCAUCUCAUCUUCCUCCUCGCUGCCCUUAACCUGUUCCUGGUAUCUUCACACCAUCCCUGCAGUUUCUGUCUGUGUUGAGUCUUCCACACUCACAGUGAAGCAAAUCCUUGCAUGAGCUCAGCUUGCUGGGUUGCGGCUUUUAGAAGAGUAAAGACCAAGAGCAUUUUCCAACUCAAACUUGGAGGAGGCCACUCCUCUUCAUCAGGUGCUUGUCAGUGACCGAUGUGGACCUUGGUCCUGGCCCUUAGUGGCUCGACAUGAGCAGCGGGAAAUGCUGGUUCCCGCCUCUUGUCCUUGAGCUGUAAGCGCAAAGGUGCUGCCUGCAAGGGCUUCAUAUACAAAGAGGCUUCGUCUGGACAGUUCACACUCAGGUGUUCUGUCAGAACCAAUCCAGAGAUCCUUUGCCUUAAAAUAGUGACUGGUCCUUCUUUGUCAAGACCUCCUUUAGUUAGCUUUGUCAUGGUUCCCCCAUGCUCCCCUAAUCUGGUCUAAGCCAGCUAUCUCUGCUAAUAAAGGUUUCCAUUUUUUC